AUGGAAAUGUCGCCUCGCAGCACUCAAUUAAUCAAUUAUCGACCAUUAAUCGAACCUUUUAAACAUGAUAUAAAUUCACCAACAAUAACAACAAACUCAAUACCUAUUGCUCAAGGAGGAAGAAAUAACAACAAUCAACAACAAAAUAAUUUAUUUCAUUCAUUUUCGACACCUUUGACAAGCGGAUUUUUGGAACAUUUUUGUGCUCUUCAUUUAAUUCCUUCAUCAAUAAAUAGUUUUGUAGAUAAAAAUGAUUGUAAUAGGAACAACAAUGGAAGCCGAAAUUUUGUUCGUUCAAAAUCCGACUCUGCUGCAUUAGAUUUAGUUGUAGAAAAACUUAGACCGAAAUAUAUUCCAUUCACUUCUCCAUUUGCAAGUGUUGAUUCAAUUUGUAGUCUUCUGACCAAGAAUGAAACAACAAAACAAUUUAUUCAACCUUCUGUUGAUGUUGCACCCUCCUUAAAUGAAGAAGACGAUGAAGAAUAUGAUUUUAUUUUACCUCCACCACAAACAUCAAGAAGAAAAUUGCGUAAUGUGCGAUUUGCUGAUGAAUGUGGAUUUAGACUGUCUACUGUGCGAAUAAUGACUGAGCCUAGCGAUUAUCCGCCUAAAAUUAGUCCAGCUGUUCUUCGUCGGAUAAAACGUGCAGCAAUGCAAAGUGAACUGAUUGACUCGAAUAAAACAAAAUCCGACGGGUGGACUAAUUCGGAUGAUGAGGAAGAAGAUUCUGGUGAUAAUGACUACGAAGAAUUUGAUGGUUUGGAUGAAGUCAAACGAAUUCAUCGCCGCUCUUCUUGGAAGCUUUGUUUCAAACAACCAGCUAGUGAAUAUCUAAAGUUUCGUGAAACGCUUGACAGAUUGAAGGUUGCAUUGGAAAAUGUUAUGCUUCGUAAUGAUUUGGGGCGUAUGAACGGGACGAUUAAGGUUGCCAACAUUGCUUAUGAGAAGAGUGUUUUUGUGCGCAUUAGUGACGACCGUUGGAGUACUUUUCGAGAUCGGCCGGCUAAAUACCAAUGUUCGCCUUCCAAAGCUUUUGACACUUUUCGAUUUGAUUUUGACAUUCCUCGAAAUGAUAAAUCGGAUUCACGUAUUGAGUUUUGUAUUUGCUACAAAGCAAAUAAUACUGAAUAUUGGGAUUCUAAUGAUGGCCAUAAUUUUGUGCUCACUCCAGAUGAACCAUUUCCUUUGUUAAUUUCUUCAUCACAGCACUUUAAAGACAUCAAAGUUUAUUAUUAA